AUGAUGAUGAUGAUGAUGCGCCGUGUGAUGUGUGUGUUGGCCGUUGUGCUGUGCUGCGCCUGCGGGUAUACCAUGACGGCUACUGCUAGCAAUGUGGCGUCACUUGCUCCUUAUUGGCGUGAUUAUUCUUAUCAUGAUUAUACGAAACCUGUUGUGGAGGUGUCGUGCUUGGCCGACAAAGCGCCUCUUGUACGCCGCAGUGGCGAAAGCAAGUGGCGUGCAUGCACUUCUGUCUUAACUGAGCAUGAUUGUGAGCCGUACAAAAAGAAGUGCACCGAUAGCGCCACAGCAAUCUUUUCAAAUCUUUAUGAUAAUCCUAACCUUACAAUACCAGAUCCUCAUGUGAAGGGACAAGGCACACUUGGUCAGGGGAAAAAUGAAAAUGGUGAACCUGGCAUUCGUGGAGUGGAACCUGCUGCUGGACAGGGACAUCAAGAUACAAUUAGACCGCAGGAAGUAAUAACGGAGGAGAAAUCCACAGUUCAUGACAGCUAUGUGGAGACUAGUGGAAUCCAACAAGAGUUAACUCCUGUUCCAGCUACUGUUCCAUCACCUACAAAAGCUACAGAACCACGCACUACACCAGAAGGUAAACCUGAAUCAGAAAGAACUGAAAAUCCACGUUCAGGGGAACACUCAACUGAAGAGGUUGAUACAAAACAAACUAACCCACAAACACAGUCUGAAAAUACCACAACAAGCUCAAAAGAAACAAAUACUACUAUUCCGUCAAGCACCGAGAAUACUGUCAGUGAAGAAUCAACCGCGACUCCUUCUCGUGACUCUAAUCUUACUCAGCAAUCUACUGCAACUGAUGAUGUAACUGCCGCACCAAACUCACCAGAAACAAAUACCACUUCCACUACUCCGCCGAGCUCCGAGAACACGACCACCACAACAACGACACUUCCUCCCGCACCCGACACACAGGUCAGCAGCAACAUCACUUCCACAGUGCAGAAUAAGGCUAAUGUUGACAGCAGUGUCAAUCCUGUGUGGAUGCGCACUGCAGCACCGCUGCUGAUUGUGGCUGUGUUGUUCUCCGUUACUGUGUACUGA